CAAUUACGGUUAUAAUAUUUUUUUCUGACCACUUGAAUUCUUGAAAAUGCGAAAUCUCAAUUUCUCCUCCUUCUUCCUGCUCGUCAUAAUUCUUGCAUCGGGUUUAGUUCAAGAUUCGAUAGCAGAAACCUGCCCCGGUGGUAGUAUUCGCGAGCCCUGUAGCGAAAACGAGGGUUGUCCGGAGGGUUACAAUAUUGAAUUAGGGCCUGUCACUAAAGGAUCUCAAUCCUGUCAAUGUGUCCGACCAUUGACACCGGAAGAGCAAGCUAACCAGAGAGCAUGCAUAUGCAACCAAUUCAUCAACUCCUGCACAGAAGACGACCUAUUCGAAUGCAUUGUGGACAUCACGGUUUGUCCGAAAUCAAUUCAGCAGGAAAUUUGCAGUGGACAAAAAGGGUUUACAAAAUCAGCAGGCGUUUGCAAACCAUCCGACCCAACCCAUAGUGUAAUUCACCCUGAAAAGGCACGUGAUUGGAUUGAAUCUACUUGUAAGAAGAUCGAUGGCUAUUGCAGAAAAAUUACCAGAAAAUCCAGGGGCAAUGUACACUAUCGUAAAAUAUCGUUUUCGCAGUGUGUUGCCGUUAGCAAUAAAAAUUGCAAAUUAAUUUUCUCUGGCAAAUAUUAGACAUUAUGCAAUUCGUUUUAGUUCCAUUGAGAACUAUUUUAUUAUAUUCAAUUCUGGCUACAUUUUUCUAAUACUGUUGAAAUUUACUCUCUUUGGAAAAUUAUUAUGCACCUUAUUAUUUACGCAAUUAGAAUAAAAUAAUUUUCCUCAAUUGUAAUGUGUUUGAAUGAAACAGUUCUAUGAAUACUCUGCAGCUUAACCCUUUAAGGAGGAUGAUUAACAACAAGAAAAUGCAUUAAUUCGGGCACAUUAUAGGUAUGCUGUGGUCAUGGUGCGGGAGAAGGAAUUCAGUCGUUUUAAUAAUACUCGGAAAAAACUUAAAAAUUCCUAUUUUAAAAUUGCGUUAUAUCGGGAAAUAUCCCAUUUUUUGACUGGAAAAUGUUCAAAUUUAACGUGUGGUUGGCGUAGGAGAAAUUCCCCAAAAUGGCAGAGAAUUUUAUGCCGCAGGGAUAAAUCGUGAAAAUCAAUGACCUCGCGGAAACGACAAUUGUUUUCCUCCCGCACCAUGACCACAAUUUUUCAGGACGACUUUUGUCUUCCUCCCGAAUUAAACCAUUUCCAAGAAAACGACAAUUGUCCUAUAUCCGAAUUAAAGGGUUAAUCAAAAUUAACUAACACCAAAUAUAAAUGUUCCCAACUAGACUGGCUAACUAAUAUGUAAAUAUUUGUCUCCAUAUAAGUCUUCUAGUUGCUUGGCAACCACGACGAUGAUGCCUAUGCAAUGACAAAAUUUUAAUAAACCCUUUUGAGUAUUUUGCCAUUUAA